CUGAAGCAGCACCUCAAAUGGAUUUCAAAACAGGGUCGCAAAAAGGUGCCAGUGAGAUAUCAGACUCAUGUAAACCACUGAAGAAACGCAGCAGGGCAUCUACUGAUGUGGAGAUGGCCAGCUCACUGUACAGAGACACUUCUGACUCUGACUCCAGAGGCCUCAAUGAUCCACAGACUGGAUUCGGGAAGCGCUCGGACAGUCCAGCUACAGUAGAUGCUGACGGAUCUGAUGCACAGUCUGUGGACUCCAGCCUGUCCCGUCAAGGAGGAAGUUCCUCAAAAAAGGACACUGUCUGCCAUGUAAGCUCUGUAAAUACUGUGUUUAUAUAGUCUCGCGUAGCCAGACCUUCAGACUGACGGCAAAAGGUCUGGGAAUCUUGGCCCACCCAAGAGGCCAUAUGAUUGACAGGUAAAACAACCAAUCACGUUUCGUUUUG